AUGGAGGAUCCUAAGAGAAUGGAAGAAGGGUUCCGUCAAGUCCCGUUAGUCGCUGGAGAAAAACCCGAACCUCCGGUCGAGCAAAGAGAAGACAUCCGAAACGAGAGGAAAAUGGUAACGACACAACAACAUGAGGAAUCAAAUGGUGGGGAAAAACCGAAAGAAAAGAGUAAGAGGAUUGCAACUUUGGAUGCGUUCCGAGGUUUAACAAUUGUACUAAUGAUAUUAGUAGACGACGCGGGAGGAGUAUACGCACGAAUAGAUCACUCGCCAUGGAAUGGGUGCACCUUGGCCGAUUUCGUGAUGCCAUUCUUUCUUUUUAUCGUUGGGGUCGCAAUUGCCCUUGCUCUCAAGAGGGUUUCAAACAUGAAAUAUGCAGUGAGAAAGAUAAUCAUAAGAACCUUGAAGAUGUUGUUUUGGGGAAUUCUCUUGCAAGGAGGGUAUUCUCAUGCACCAGAUGAGUUGGUUUAUGGAGUUGACAUGAAGAAGAUAAGAUGGUGUGGUAUCCUUCAGAGAAUAGCACUGGUGUACAUGAUUGUAGCCCUCAUAGAAACGUUAACUACAAAGCUCAGACCAACAGUUGUACAGCCUGGUCCUUUCUCCAUUUUCUCAGCUUAUAAAUGGCUUGGAGGAUUCAUCGCGUUUCUUAUUUACAUGAUCACAACAUUUGCUCUCUAUGUUCCUGAUUGGAGUUUUACAAUACGCCAUCACGACAGAUUAGAGAGUUUCACUGUUGAAUGUGGAAUGAGAGGGCAUCUAGGUCCUGCUUGUAAUGCGGUUGGUUACGUAGAUAGAGAAGUUUGGGGUAUCAAUCAUCUUUAUUCGCAACCCGUUUGGAGUCGAUUAAAGGCUUGCACUUUUAGCUCUCCAGAAUCCGGUCAUCUUCGCCCAGACGCUCCAAAUUGGUGUCGUGCACCCUUUGAACCCGAAGGCCUAUUGAGUUCAAUCUCAGCAAUUGUAUCUGGUGUGAUUGGCAUUCACUAUGGACAUGUCUUGAUCCACUUCAAGGGGCAUGCAGAGAGGCUCAAGCAAUGGAUUUCAAUGGGUUUUGGCUUGUUGAUCAUAGCAAUUAUUCUUCAUUUUACAGAUGCGAUUCCGAUAAACAAGCAACUCUAUAGUUUCAGCUACGUUUGUUUCACUGCUGGGGCUGCUGGAAUAGUGUUUUCUGCUUUUUACAUCUUGAUUGAUGUUUGGGGAAAACGUACUCCAUUUUUGUUGUUCGAAUGGAUUGGAAUGAACGCAAUGUUGGUUUUCGUACUUGGAGCACAAGGCAUUUUAGCAGGGUUCAUAAACGGAUGGUUUUACAAGAACCCCGAUAACAAUCUGGUAAAUUGGAUACAAGAUCAUAUUUUCAACGAUGUUUGGCACUCAGAAAGAGUCGGGACACUUCUUUACGUGAUAUUUGCGGAGAUCGUGUUCUGGGGAGUCCUUUCGGGAAUUCUACACAGAUUUCGUAUAUACUGGAAACUUUAA